AUGACAAACGAAGAAAACGUUUGGAAUUGCAAUAAGCGGGAGUUUGAGAAAAUGCUCGUUUUCUUCGAUUCUGGAGCACAGAAAACAGUUAUUGAAGAAUCACUACCCGAACGUUUUGGCCUAUAUCGAGGGAAAGCUGAAAUAUGCACUAUAUCCGGAAUUGGUGGACAUAUUGAGUGCUUCAAAAGUCACAUAGUGCAUAUGAGAAUUGGUACAGCCUUUGGUGAAGUGAUCAACAUGAAAAUUCAGACUAAACCUGCGAUCACAAGUGGUUUUCCAAGCGUCAACCUAAGCCCAGUUGACAUCGAAUUUCUCAAAGAGAACAGUAUUUGUGUGACAAACAAAACUUAG